GCGAAGGAGCAGCUGAGUCUGUGCGCGCUCAGCGUUCCUGGCUACCUCUCAGGCAACUGGUCAUAAAUACAGUUUCAGACACAUGUCAAGGUAGCCAUGGAUGUGACGUUUUCACAGCUGAUUCGACUCUAAAUUAUUGUGUUUUGAAUUGCUUUAAACCCGUGAGAGAAGUUUCCGGAGGAACCGAAAUAUUACCUUUUUUAAUGUAUAGCCUACAUUAUUACAGGUUUUGCUGAAAGAAAAGCGUAAUUAAUUUUACUACGGCAGCGCUUGGUGACCAAAACGCAUCCCUGUCGUCGCAACAUUGUCCUGCAUUUCUAACUUAAUUCUUGCCUUAUAUCAGGGUAACUAAGGGAAAGGGUUUAACUCCAAGUCGCAUUGGAUCAAAAACAGUUGAGCCUGUGCGCAUUCACGAGAACAUUUCGGGAUGAAUGGGAGUGGGCGAGUCGUCUUUUUGGUUGUAGCCAACUUGCGUCAAGGUGCGGAUCGAGGGCUUAUUCACUUGUUCCAAUGACUUUCGCAGGAUGCUUACAGUUGUGGUGGUCGACUUUCACAUUGGUCUAUACGGUUGGAACAUCCAGUCGUUUUUCUGCUAAACAGUGCGCUUUUUCUCCAAAGCGCUUGUUCGUACUUUCCUGAAGGCAUAGAGUUCAUUCACACGGUUUCCCUAGUCUUCCCAAGUUGGAGAAAGUCGGCAGGUAUCUAUGAUUGAUGGAGUAAUGUCUUAUGAUUUUGUGACUGUAACAAAUAUUGAUGGACAUCCACCAGGUGAGUAGCCUAGUCCCACGGUUAUGAAAUAACUCAUAUUCCCAAAAUGUGUUGCGUUGCCAAUUUUAACGAGCUUCUGAUAGUUGUGUGUGCAGUUUAUUACGUGUUUGUGUUGUGAUGAAAACAGAAAAUCUGAGAACCUGUCAUGGACAGAGGACAAAAGGACAGUAACGAAGAGCAGGGUGCAGGGAGAAACGUUCAAGUGGCCAUUCGCUUGUGCCCCCAGCGACAGUGGGACCCCCAAACAGAGGAGGCAAGAUAUUCUAUCAAAGUGGUUGAACCGAACAGGAUUGUUGUUGACACUGGCCGGGGCCACCAGCCCCAUUCUCUAGUCUUUGAUGCAGUGUGGAACGAGAGCGCUAACCAAAAUGAUAUUUACGAAUCCACAGCAAAGCCUCUGGUGGGGGGCCUCAUGCAAGGCUACAAUUGCUGUGUCAUCGCCUACGGUUCCCCCUGCAGUGGAAAGACUUACACCAUGCUUGGCGGGAGCUUGACAGGCAAGCAGCGAGGCAUCCUCAGCCGCAUGUCUGAGGACAUUUUCAACUCACCCGAGGCUUCCACCUGCAGUGUCACAGUGUCCUUCUAUCACAUUUCCAAUGACAAGAUCUUUGAUCUGUUGGACAGCCAGCCCUCAGAGGUGAGCCGCAUCCAUGAGGGGGAGGACGCGGUGGUGCUGGAGGGUCUGAAGGAGGUGGAGGUGGACUCUCCACAGGCCCUGCUCCAGGCAUAUCGACGCGGGGCCGCAAACAGACAAGCAGGCAUCUCAAAGGGGGAGUUUGCCACCAGAAGUCAUUCCAUAUUCAAUAUCAUGGUCAUCAACACAAAGGCAAGCCUUGCGCAGGGGGGAGGCCAGACAGCCAGCAAGCUCACUCUGGUGGAUCUUGCCAGCUCGGGGAAAGCUCGUGGUCGCGGCAAUGCUGCCCUGGAAGUCAAGAGGUGUUUCCAAACAGUUCCGGAAAACCCACAGGAGGCCAAAACUCUCAAGCGGUCCCUCACAAUAUUUGGAAAUGUCAUCUUUGCACUCAGUGCGGCUGGUUGUCAUCACAUUCCAUACAGAGAGUCAAAGCUCACCAGGGUUCUGAGAGACUGCCUGGGAGGAAAUUGCCGGAUGUCUCUGAUUGUGACGGUGUCUCCCCACCUGUCCUCCGUCACUGAGACCCUAAGCAGCCUGCAGUUUGCAUCUCGGGCGAUGGCCAUCCCCGGGAGACGCGUCCACCGCUCACUGCUACAGUGCGUCCCCUCACAGCUUACAGCUCAGACCUGCCUGCCUCCCAUCCCAUUUGGCCCUUCCUCUCCGCCAUUCCGGCCCUGCCACAGACAACCAGAUGAACCCGAACUCAAAGCGUUCCUGCCCCAUUUGGAGAAACAGGGCCAGUUUGAGGGUGCCUGCGGUGGCAGCCAUUUUGGAUAUCCUGCUGGAAGGGGAAACUGCCCACGAGAGGAGCGAUCGACAGCAGCUGGAGGAGGAGGAGGAGGUGGAGGAGGAGGAGGAGGAGGAGGAGGAAGGGCAGAGAGCAGGGUGUCCCGCGUGCUCUCCUCUCACCCACGCUCCUACUCCAGCAGCCUGUCCGAUCCAUUCUCUCUGCCCCAGGACGGAGCAGGAGGAGGGGGAAGCGUGGGGAGGGUGGAGAGGGUGGUGUACCCUGCCCCACGGCGCUCAGUGGAGAGACUGUCGGCCACCUCCUCCCGUGUUCUCCCAUGCUCUUCUGCGUCCCUCCUUGACGUUCAGGGGUCACUCGCCGAGUGCCCCAACUGCAAGAGGGAACGGAAGAUCCGGGAGGAGUACGACAAGUUCAUCGUCCAGGCGCGCAGAGACCGAGACUCCCUCCACCAGAGAGUGGCAGAGCUGGAGGCCAGGCUUCUGGCGAGAGGAGAAGAGAGACAGAAUGUGGAGGAGGAGAAGAACAAGGAAAAGGAGAUGGCAGAACACAAGCAGAGAAAGAAGGAGGAGGAGGAAGAGGAGGAGGUGGCAGAACACAAGCAGAGAGAAGAGGAGGAGGAGAAGGAGGUGGCAGAACACAAGCAGAGAGAAGAGGAGGAGGAGGUGGCAGAACACAAGCAGAGCGAAGAGGAGGAGGAGGAGGAGGAGGAGGAGGAGGAGGUGGCAGAACACAAGCAGAGGAAAGAGGAGGAGGCUAUGGAGAUUUCUAGAUGUAUCACCACUGAUAUACCCGCCAAUGCAGAGGAGAAAACCCCUGGCUCUGCUGAAACCCCACACGAUAGAGAGUCUCUGAGAGAAGACACGGAGACUCAGGUAGAGGCUGUAAGCUCCAUGAUCAACACAGACCAGCUUCUUCACCUGGAGAACGAGAACUUCCAGCUCAAAGGACAGAUUCUGGCCUUGCAGCAGGAGCUGGUGGUGUCGUACAAGGAGCUGGACCAGAGCGUGGAGAGGGAGAAGGCCCUGACCGAACUGCUGCGCGCCGAAGAGGCCCAGGAGCUCCGAUUGCAGCUUGACCAGGCCAGCCUGCAGCAGGACAGCCUGCGCGAGCAGACGGAGAGGCUGCUAUCGGAGCUGCAGAGUGCCAGUGUGGAGCACGAGAGAUUCAAAGGGAAUGUAGCUCUUAGUGUGGCUCAGCUUCAGAAAGAUAAGGAGGAUUUGAUGUGCCAUCUUGAUGAAGUAAGAGAAUGUUAUGAGAGGGUGAAAUCUGACAAUGCACUUCUCAGUGAGAGAGUGGAGACUUUGAAGAGAGAAGUGAACCACGGUCUCCUCGGAAACCUAGGGUCCUCCCGUGUCCACACAGUCACUACCAACACGGAAAUGCUGGUGGUGUCUCACCAUGUGUCCCAACAGUGCUCAGGGGGAAUAAACACAGACAGCAAAUGCUGCUACACCAGCUGCAGUGAGUUCCAGGAAGGACCUGUACCAACGUUCCCAGAGAAACCACCAGAAGACCCAGAAAACCGAAGCGAACAGGAGCCCAGCCUACGCAAGACCAAAGACAUAUUCAAGCAGCUGAAGAGGGAGCACAGCCUGCUGCUUGACGUGAUGCUGGUGUUGUACAAGCGGGAGUGGUUCACCCAGGAGGCUGUGCCCUACGUCAGACGGACGCUCAGAAAGUGUGGCAUGAGAGUGGAUGAGAUGACCUGACGAGAACAGGAAAGGGUUGACGAAGGUGGAAGGAAAGAAUGACGUGAAGGGGAAAAAAUGAAAUGACUCAGUACACCACUGGCCCUUUGAUGUCUGGGCAGGACUACAAACAGAACCUGGUGUCUUUAUUCUUAUUUCAUUUGGGAGUGUCUGUUUUCUUGUCUGCGUGUUUGAGUGCUGUGUAAAAUAUCAGCAACUGAGAGAGUUCUGAGUGGCACACAAAAACUUUAUUUGUAAAAAGCUACUUUGAGUUAGUUUACAAAAUUCCUAAUCAACACAUUGUAUAUUGUAAAUCAAGAUAAUUGCUUUAUUUUGCACAUAAAAAACACUAAAACUGAAAA